AGACGAGUAAAUCUAUAUGAAUAUGUUGCUUAAUAUUGAAAUGUGCGACGUUGUCUAAUAAAGCACCUAAACCCAGAACAAGAAAUCUAAAUCCGCAUCUGGUAACCUUAUAAUUUCGAAAAUUACUUCCGCUAUUAACAUAACAUUAUUUAAUUGAACGUAGGAGUGUGACCAACUAACCGAAACGUUAUUAGUAUGGAUAAUUCUAAAAAUUUUGGCAAAUUGCUGUUUUUUAACUGCAUAAUGUGACAGUAAUUGGUGAUGGUGAAGUCUUAAACCAUGACUAGUUGACACAAUUGUGGAAUUUUUGGAAGUAUACUAAAUCAAAAGAAUCUUCGACUAACGUCCAACAGUUCAUAUUUUUAUUAUUCAAUAAAGAAUUCGAAAUUAUGGAUUCCAGAAACGUUAAGAAAAGAAGAUUAAAUCCUAGAGAUUCGGCAAAUAUUUUUUCUCUGGUAACAUUUAGCUACAUAACAGAUCUUUUAAAACGAGGUUUACACAAAAAUUUUGAAGAAGGUGACCUAUAUGAAGUGUCAAAAGAUUGUGCAUCCAAACAUUGUACCGAGCAAGUCGACAAGGAAUGGAAAAAGGGACAAAAAGAUGGAAAAUAUCCUUCUCUUUUUGUAACCUUGUGUAAAGUUUUUGGAUGGAAAUAUUUUCUUUGGGGAAUCACUCAAUUAUGUUGUGAAUUAUUCAGAAGCAUUUUUGAACCAAACGCCGUAGGAAACUUGGUUUCCUAUUUUCAACCAGGCCAAACAAAACUAUCCAAAUCUGAUGCUUAUUUAAACGCUGCCAUCAUACUUUUCUCAACCUUUUUGCAGAAAAUAUACUUUUUCAACUACGAUCUCUUCCUGUUUAUAAUGGGUAUACAAGUCAGAACAGCCUUGUGUUCACUUUUGUUCAGAAAAGUUCUCAAGCUCAGUCCUGCGGCGAUGUCUAAAGCCAGCUUGGGAAAUAUUGUGACGUUGAUAACCAAAGAUGUUCAGCAAAUCAGAAGAUCUAUGUUUGCUUUUAAUGAUAUUUGGGUAUUUACUAUAGUUAUUAUGGUGACGUGUUAUUUACUAUAUGCUCGGCUUGGUGUCCUAGUGUUUUUUGCAGUGGGUUUGCACUUCUGCAUUAUUCCCAUAGAAUAUUUUGUUGGUAAACUGAUGACUAAAAUGCGCAACGAAACAAGUGAGAUGACUGACGAGAGGCUACAAGUUAGUCAGGAAGUAUUAUCUGCAACGAAAAUUAUUAAAAUGUAUACAUGGGAAGAUUACUUCUACCAGAAAAUUAACGUGGUUAGAACGAAAGAGGUAGCAAAAAUGAUAAUAGUUUUUUAUCUUCGUAUGAUACUAUUGCUCUUGGGUGUUAUCUCAACCAAAGUGGGCUACUAUUUAAUUAUUAUGGGUUACAUUUGGAUGGAACAACCCCCAGAUGCCUCUGUGAUCUUCUUUAUAACUGUCCAUUAUGAAAACAUCGUAUUAUUUUUUGGAUUUCUUCUUCCAAAUUCUGUAGGAACAUUUGCAGAAUUUUCUGUGGUUAUUAAAAGGAUCAAUAGGGUACUGAUAGCCGAAGAACUAAAGCAAGAAGAUCAAAGUAAACUAAAUAAUGUUAAACCAUAUGUAGAGUUGAAAAACGUUACGGUAUGUAUUGGGAAAGAAGAAGUUUUAUCAAACGUUAGUUUUAAGGCUGAUUCUGGACUAACCUUGGUAACCGGAAAAGUAGGAUCUAGUAAGAGCACCCUACUUAAAUCAAUAUUAAAAGAGUACCCUUUAAGUAAUGGUGAUGUUGUCUGUAAUGGAACUGUUUCAUAUGCUUCUCAAGAUUCGUGGUGUUUUCCAAGUACUAUUAAGCAAAAUAUUUUAUUUGGUGAGGAGUACAGUGAAAAGAGGUACCAAGAAGUAUUAAAAGUUUGCGCAUUAGAGUAUGACUUAAAUUUAUUUGAAAAAGGGGAUGAAACAAUUCUGACUGAUAACGGCCAAAACUUAAGCAAAGGUCAACAAGCCAGAAUCAAUCUGGCUAGAGCAAUAUACAGACAAGCUGAUAUUUACCUCUUGGAUGACUGCCUCUCUGCAUUAGAUACACACGUUCACCAAUUCAUAUUCAAGCAGUGCAUUAAACAGUUUUUAAAAGAAAAAAUAUGCAUUUUAGCUACUCCAUCUAAAUCUACGUUAAAACAAGCAAAUACUGUUUAUGUACUAGAUAAAGGACACAUUACACAGAGUUAUAAUCCUCAGGACAACAAUGAGAAGGAAGUAAAUAAUUUCGCAGACACUAUCUAUAAAACGGAAGAAUUUUUAAAUAAAGAAAAUGGACUAAUGGAGUCCAUGGAGGUUGACAGAUUUCUUGAAACCGAGCAAACUAUUUACAAAAAUAUAUAUGAAGAAGAAUUAAAGAAAGGUGCUGUAGAUAAAUCUGUCUAUAUUAAAUAUAUAUAUUAUGGAGGAGGAACCGCUCUGUUAAUAUUUUCUUUAUUGCUGAUUGGUUCAAAACAAGCUGCUGAAAGUUACGCUGAAAAGUUAAUAUCUGUGUGGACCGACGAAAAACAGCUCGUUCUUAACAUAAAAGCCAACAUAUCUAAAAUUGGUCAAAAUAUAACUCAAGCAGCUACAAACCUAACUCAAGCUGAAGUUCAAGCAGCUUCUACAUUCCAAAUGUAUACAGUGAUGCUAAUACUCUCCGUAGUUCUAGAUCUACUCAGAACCUUCGCUUUUCUAGAUUUUUGCAGAAGAGCAUCGAUAAAUAUACACAAAGCGAUGAUAAAGAACGUACUACACUCAGUGAUGGCUUUCUUCGAUACACAUUUCAUUGGUAAUAUAUUAAACAGAUUUUCUCAGGAUGUUAUUAAUGUUGAUGAGAAUUUACCUUAUCAGCUGUUAAGUUGUCUAGAAAUAGUAAUCAGUGUUGGUGCAGCUUCUACCUUACUUAUAUUAGUAAAUCCGUAUUUUUUCUUUUAUAUAUCAAUAACAUUUGGAGUAAUGUUAUUAUUUUUGAAAUUAUAUCUUCCAAUAACCAGAAAUUUGCGAAGACUUGAAGCCUCAACAAGAAGUCCGAUGAUAGGACACUUAAAUGCUGCACUGGAAGGUGUAACCACUGUUAGAGCCUAUAAAGCAGAAAAUAUGGUCAUUAAUGAAUAUGAGAGGCAUCAAGACGUUUUCACUUCGGCGCACUAUAGUUUACUGUGUUUCAAGUUCGCAAUGGGAUUUUAUAUGAGCCUGUUGGCUGGUGUUAUGGUGACGCUGAUCAUAUGUACUUUCGUUCUUUUUGACACAGGUGCUACAGCUGGAAGCAUUGGUUUAGCCUUAAGUCAAGUGAUAUUUUUAGGCUAUCUAAUACAAGGAGCGGUACAAUCUUGGGCUGAUUUGGAAAAUUUAAUGACAGCUACUGAACGAGCCAUGGAAUAUACCGAAUUAAAGUCUGAAACCACGCUAGGGAGCGUUCCAAAAAAUUGGCCUGAAAACGGGGCAAUAAGUUUCAAAAAUGUUAGUUUAUCAUAUAAUUCUACACAAAGAAUUUUGAACAAUUUGAGUUUUCAAGUUCAAGCAAAAGAAAAAAUUGGAAUAGUUGGCCGAACAGGGGCUGGAAAGUCUUCCAUAAUAUCCACAAUAUUUAGACUAUAUGAGGUGGAUGGUAAAAUAACCAUCGAUGGAGUUGAUAUAAAGCUACUACCCUUAAAACAUUUACGAAAAAAUCUAGCAAUCAUCCCCCAAGAUCCGAUUCUAUUUUCUGGUACUAUACGAUCUAAUUUAGAUCCAUUUGGUGAGUUUGAAGAAAAAGACCUUUGGGUUGCUUUAGAAAAAACAAAUUUAAAAACUUCUAUAACAAAUUUAGAUACCAAAGUUAGUAGUUACGCUUCUAAUUUUAGUCUUGGUCAAAAGCAAAUGCUUUGCUUAGCACGAGCCAUUUUGAUUAAAUCCAAGAUAGUCAUUUUAGACGAAGCUACAUCUAACAUGGAUCACGAAACAGAGAAUCUAAUACAAGAAACUAUUAAACAUCACUUUUCUGAUAGUACUGUACUUACAAUUGCUCAUAGAUUGCAGUCUAUAUUACAAUGUGAUAAGGUAUUGGUACUGGAUCGAGGACAGAUAAAAGAGUUUGAUACUCCAAAGGAGUUGCUGAAAAAUAAAUUUGGGCACUUUAGUAAAAUGGUAGCACAGGGUGAUAUGUCCAGUUAAUGUUAAUUAAUAUAAGUAAAUAAGUACUACUAUAGAAGGUAUUGUUGGAUUUCAUUGACAACGCUCUACCAGCAUCACCUAUAUAAAAUAAGAGCAAAGUAACAAAAAAUAUAUGAUUCAAAAGGUUAAAAUAAGGUUUUAUAUACAAUUUUUAGUCAACGUAUACACCCUUCUUUUUGUUCAUUAUUAACAAUAAAUGAUCAAACUUACCUGAGUUUAACGGCAUAGAAUUUAGACACACCGAGUUUUCGACUUCCUGUUUGCAGUCUUCAUCAGAGCUAUCUAGGUCCCAGUCUUGCCACUGCUUACUUCCAUUAUUGUAGCUGGCUUUGUAAAAUUCGAUAACGGAUUUUCGGUGUGUGCUGUUAUAGGUAACUUUUGUCACCUUUUCAGAAUGUGGUGUUUUUUGUGAGUCGUGUCACUGAUUCUGUCGUUAGUCACUGGUGGUGUUCGGUGGUGGGUAUUGAGUCCUGUGAAGGAGGUCGUCUUCAGAGGGUGGUCAGAGCUUGAAUGCUAUAACGUUUAUUUUCUGAAUUAUUUUUUAUUUAAUUAUGAUUGAGUUAAAUGUGCAUGUGAAAAGAAUAAAAUUGAUAAUGAUUAAAUUAUACGAAUCAUUUUAUUUCGCAUUAAAGGCAUCUGUAGCUGUAUCCUGCCUAUGGGUAAAUAUAAUUUUUCAAAUGAAAUCGGAUAACCACAGCAAACCGAUCUCUCCCUAUCUAUGUGCAAAGCUCACAGUGAGCUAUUUAUCUGGGUGUGCGGGAAAAAAGAGGAGUUCGGCAGUUUUGUCGGUAGACAUAGGAGCUUUCUUUUGGUAUGUCCAAUCAAUACAUUGCUGAAACAUGAGCAGGUAGUUUUGAGUAUUUUGAGGGCUAUGAAGCCUUUGCCUCUGAUAGUUUCUAACGGAGCUCCUGCAAAGAGAGGUAAGCCUCUUAAGUAUGGUUGGAAUGUUCUGUAAUUACUUAUAUUAAGGGGGAGGGCUAGUCGGUUUGUAGUUUACUUUAUGCAGAAUACUUCAUUCUAACUAUAGAAGCUAUUGCGACAGGUCGUAAUUGAGCAAGGCGUAAAUAUUAGCAUUAUAUUCAAUGACCUUGUCCUAAUUUUCCACAGACAGUUAAGCAUUAGAGACAGUUCUCAUUAAUCUAUUUUGGGUGUUGAUCAGAUCUUGUCUUUUAUUAAAUAUCUAGGAGUGGUGUUUUGGUAAACAAGACCCCUAGAUACUCAAUAUGAUUUCGAAGUUAAAGUUGAUCUUCUUAGAGACUUAGGUCGAUUCUUUCUUCGGCAUUAUGUGUAACGUAGCCACUAAGGUUGGGAAGUGGGGUUUUAUUAUGAUCUGACGUUACAAUUCAUCUCCUGCAUCACCUAUCAACAUAGUUUAGAUGUGAUUUUGAGUAUGCUAUGUAAAGGAAAGUUUGUGUGUUUGUAUUGCGUGGGUUAGGAAAGUCACUGUUGUAAAUUGUGUACAGUAUGGACGUCAAUCAACGCAAUUUUGGUGAAGUAAUAUCUUCUAUAAAGCCGAAUUGAAAUGUGGGAAUAAUGUUAAUUUCUGUCGCAAAGUAUACGAAUCUGACGACGUUUAUGACGUUAGAAAAGGUAUUUAUCUAUAAGAGAUAAGGUUGGUCUGGGGUUUGCCAUUUUUAAGGAGCAAAAUUGUAUUGGCUACUUUCCUAGGGCAUGGAAAGUAGCAUAAUUUGAGACAUGCGUUGACUAUAAUAUGUAUCAAGUAGAGAGCAACUCUCGGUGGAAAUGUUUUCACGCUGUUCCUGGGAAUUUUGUCAGGACUUGGUGAAUUGGAGUUGCCUAUUUGACUGUGACAUUUGACAAAUCGGAGUUCGUACCAUUGCCCAAAAAACCAGGAGCAAAAGUUUGUGAAGGUUAUAGGACCAUUAGCCUAAUAAGCCAUCAGCUGAAGCUGUUUUUAAAAGUCAUUUACAAAAGAAUUUACUGGAAAUGCGAGGAACAAAUUGCUCCCAAUCAAUUUUGAUUUGUAAACGCCAUUGGUACGAAAGCUUUAUUUAGCGUGCAGGUAUUAUUUUAGAAAUGUAGAGAUAGAGUCAGACAUGAACAAAUCAUGGAAGUGCUGGAGAGGACAAGGAUUGAUGGAAAAGACUUAAAAAUAAUAGCUACCUGUAUUGGAAUCAAUCAGAGGUACUCCGAAUAGAUGGAUAAUAUACAGAUCAGGUCAAAAUCUUAAGCGGAGUAAGACAGGGGUGCAUAAUUUCAGUACUGAUAUUCAAUCUAUACCCGGAGCACAUGUUUGAAGAAGCUCUAAAAGAUAUUGAUGAAGGCAUCUCAAUAAAUGGAGUCAAGCUCAAUAACCUGCGGUAUUCAGAUGAUACAAUAGUGUUUUCCAAUAUUACAGAAGGGCUGCAAAACUUAAUGAACAAAAUAACAGAAACAAGUAGAAAAUAUGGACUGGAUUUAAACACUAUCAAAACCAAGCUAAUAAUUAUCAGCAAGGAAAACAUAAUUAGAGCAAAUCUGUAUGUGAACCAAAUGAGAAUUGAACGAGUCUUACAUUACAACUACUUGGGAAUAAUUAAUUAAUGCGUCGUGGAACAAUACCCAAGAGACUAAAUGUCUCAUCGGAAAGGCGAAAAGUGUAUUCUUGGCUAUAAGUUCUAUGUUCACGAGCCAUGAUCUCACCUUAAAAUCAAAAAUAAGGCUCCUUAAAUGUUAUGUGUACUCAGUGCUUCUGUACGGGGUAAAAAAGUGGACAUUGAAGGCAGAAACUCUAUCAAAACUUCAGGCUUUUGAACUGCCGACAACUGCGGAUUUGGUCAACAUCGUGAAGAAUCGUAAGCUGUAGUACUUGGGACAUAUAAUAAGAAAUUAAGGCGGAUACGAUCUACUUCAAUGCAUUUUGCAAGGUAAAAUUGAAGGAAAAAGGGCCCCAAAACGAAGAAGAAUAUCCUGGCUUGCUAACCUGAGAGCAUGAUAUAGAAUGACCUCAACACAGCUGUUUCGUAUGGCAACCAACAAAUUCAUCAUAGCCAGAAUGAUCGCUAACGUUUGGAACGGACAGGCACCCUAAGAAGAAUUUAACAGUAAUUCUCCAAUGUUUGUUCAUCUACAGGAACCACGAGCGAAUGUUCAUGGAAUAUCUGUAUUUCGAAAGGGCUUCGAGCUCUUUUUGUGUAUUUCUCCCAGUGCCUACACGGAAGGCUCGGUCAAAUCUGGGAUUGUUAGGGAUGGUGAAUAUAUUUUGAAGAUAUGUUUUGAAGACGUGAGCCUUGUGAUGGUUGGAGUUUAUUAUUUGAUUGUUCAUUACUAGAUGGGAAGAAUUAUUUGUUUUUUGUUUUGUUAGGAUUUUGAAUUUUUUCCAGAACGAACUGCCGUUAGAGUCCUAAGCCAUUGGCUGGCUACCUCUGGCCUGGAUUACUGGAAAACAAGCAAAAGACCAGAUGAGGUGCCCAUCGAAUUAUUAAAACUCAUCGAUGAAGAUGUUAUUGAUGUAAUGGUUGAACUCUUUAAUCUAAUAUAUCAGACUGCCACAAUCCCCAGACAAUGGCUGCAAUCAACCUUUGUAGCAAUUCCCAAAAAACCAAGUUCAACAACUUACUCAGACCACAGAACCAUAGCUUUAAUGAGUCACACACUUAAAACAUUUUUGAAAAUAAUUCACAGCAGAAUUGUUAAAACUCUUGAAUAUGAGAUUAGUGACACACAAUUUGGCUUUAGAAAUGGUAUGAGUACAAGAGAUGCUUUGUUCGGCUUGAAUGUGCUGGCUCAGAGAUGCAUGGACAUGAAUCAGGAUAUGUACUUAUGUUUUGUAGACUUUGAAAAGGCAUUUGAUAAAGUUCAACAUAAAAAGCUUGUAGAUAUAUUAAAAAGCAAAAAUAUUGACAGUCGUGAUCUGAAAAUUAUAUCUAAUUUAUAUUGGAAUCAAAAUGCCAAGGUAAGAGUUGACAGCCAGUACACCGAAAAUAUCAAAAUUCAGAGAGGAGUCCGCCAGGGUUGCGUGCUGUCCCCACUACUUUUCAAUGUCUACAGUGAAGCGGUAUUUCAAGAAACGCUCUCAGACUCAAUAGAAGGUAUAUCUAUCAAUGGAGAAGUUUUGAAUAACUUACGUUUUGCAGACGAUACAGUAAUAAUUAUGUAUAACAACAAUGAUUUACAGAACCUAAUGCAAUGCCUUAAUGAAUGCUGUCAUGAGUACGGACUGAAGAUAAAUUUAAAGAAAACUAAAUGCAUGAUCAUGACUAAAUCUGCACAUGCAAAUAUCCAAUUGACUAUUGAAGAUACUGCAAUUGAGAAUGUUAAUAACUAUAAAUAUUUAGGAACAUGGAUAACAUCAGAUGUAGACCAAACCAAAGAAAUUAAGACACGUAUUGAAAUCGCACGUACAUCAUUUAUUAAACUUAAAAAGUUUCUUUGUUGUCGGGAUAUAAGGUUAGAACUACGCCUGAGAAUGCUUCGAUGUUACGUGUUCUCUACUCUUCUUUAUGAUCUGGAAGCUUGGACACUAAAACAAGUUCAUCUUAAUAAGCUGGCCGCCUUUGAAUUUUGGUGUUACAGAAGAAUCCUACGAAUAUCAUGGAUUCAAAGAAUGUCAAACAUGGAAGUAACUAGAAGGAUAGGAAAUGAGGCGGAAAUAAUAUUAACUAUUAAAAGACGAAAACUUGAGUACUUGGGACAUGUGAUGAGAGGUCAAAAUACGCAUUAUUACAACUUAUUAUGCAGGGCAAAAUCCGAGGAAAGCGAGAUGUGGGAAGACGAAGAAUAUCCUGGCUUAAGAACUUAAGGGAAUGGUUUGAAUGCAGUAGUGCAGAACUUUUUAGAGCGGCAGUCAACAGAGUCCGCAUAGCCAUGAUGAUUUCCAACCUUCGAUAGAAGAAAAAGCCCAAGCUGCCUUUGUAAAAAUGAGAAACGUACUUUGCAGUCACGAUCUUAGCAUUGACCUUAGAGUUCGAAUGACAUCUUGCUACAUCUUUCCUGUCCUGCUGUAUGGAGUGGAAGCGUGGACUCUAACUGAGGCUAUCUUUAAACGCUUGACAGCCUUUGAGAUAUGGGUAUACAGACGACUACUAAAAAUAAGAUGGGUCAACAGAGUUAGAAAUGAGGAGGUUCUUAGACGGCUGAACCAAACAACACAACUGGUCAAUAUAAUAAAGAAACGCAAGCUGGAAUACGUCGGUCACAUUAUGAGAAACCAUGAAAAAUAUGAUCUUUUACAUCUGAUAAUUCAGGGAAAGAUCCAAGGUAAUCGUGGUCCUGGUAGAAGAAGAACAUCAUGGCUGAAAAAUCUAAGGCAAUGGUAUGGAAAAUCGACUACAUCGUUAUUUAGAGCUGCUGUCAAUAAAGUCACGAUAGCGAAUAUGGUAGCCAACAUGAUAUCCAACGAUCGAUAACGGUUAUGGCACUAGAAGAAGAAGAAGUUAAAUAACUGUAGACUAUUAUUAGUAAGAAUGUGCCUAUAAAUGGGCCAAUCGCCGUGUUUGAAGUCUCUUUUUGUAAGUAGAGUUAUUUUGGUGUUAUUUUUGGUUUAUGUAUGUAUGUUUUAUGUUGCUUACUGUAAAUUUCGGCUCAUUUAUACCGUAGAACGUGGCGUGGCUUACUGACGUAGCGUUUGGGUGAGUAGAUUUCUGACGGCUGAGAAGAUUUUGCGAAGUUUUUAUGGCGGAACUGGAUUGUAGCACCAAGAUGCCGAUGUUUUAACACGAUUAAGAAGAGGUCUAACUCCUAUAGACACUUAUCUGUUGACAUAUGUGGCAUAUUCAGCUACAUAAAAAAGUUCAGCUAAUUUUGACCUCAAAGAUACUCUUAGAACCUCUUGAUUUAUACCUAAAUGAAAGUUUAUCGCACAAAAGUAUCGCUAAAAACUUAAAAGGUAUAAUAGAGUAAUCAAAAUAAGUUUGAUUGUUAAUUUCAACUUUAAAGCAUUGUAUAUUUUAAGACUUCAUAUCCAAAUUAAUCAAAUAACAAUUACUUUUUAAUGUAGAGCGUGGUAUGUCAAAUAUAGGAAUCCUUGUUGUUAUUAAUAUCAAUUAUUUUGGUAUAGUUUUUAUAUACCUAUAUGGUAUAAUUUUUGUAUAGUAAUAUUUUUCCAUAAAAUUAUUGAUGGUCUUUAAAUAGGGAAAAG